UUGCUGCCACUUAUCAUCACGGAAAGCAUGUCGCGCAAUCAUGGACUAAACUGGCAGUUAGUUCCUUCUAAAUAAUAUUAAAAUCAGGUGGAUAUGGAUUUUAUUCUCUCUCUCACGCAUUUCUGCGAGGUGCAUGGCCCAACCUCGAUUCUAUGCUCGCAGGUCCUUCCUUUUACCUGCUCACAAUGUUAUCCUGAUCCUUCCGACCUCUCCCCUAAUGACACUCCUGCGACCUCACACGAAACCACCUCUUCCCAUGGCUUAGGAAACCGUAGCCGCGAUGGCCGGUCUCCAUCCUUGCCGCGAGAGCCUCCCCUGUCGACCUCCGUGGCCAGCGCAUCGACAACGGAUCCGUCGAGCGGCUCUCAGAAGAUUGAAGACCACCCGUACUUCCUAAGAGGACAGCAAAAGCGAGUGGAUGCGGAUGCGCUGAACCGUUUUGGGGGCGCCGAUGGCGACACUUGCGCCAGCUGCAGUUUGACGCUUCCAGAAGAUGUCAGCAAACAGCUGCCACCAGGUGCGCCUGGUACUGUCAAACCCGACGGCAAAGGCAGGAAUGGGAGUCCGGUUCUACGAUCGCGGGAGAUGGUUUAUUCUUGCGGCAGCAGUCAUGAUACCGACGAUGACCACGAUUCCCACUACCAUUCUUCCUUUCCGGACUCUCUUCACUCGUCUUCAAUCGCUUCCGAUGCGUCAUCCUGCCAUACUCAUAUCCUCACUUAUCUCUCCCUUCGCGGACCCCCUAACCCGGCGGACUACGCCCUUCUGCGACGUUCGUCGAUCCGGACACUGAGUUGCGAACUUCUGCCCAGAGGUCUGUCCUCGGGCCCGUUGUGCUUUGGCGAUUCCGUUGCCGGUUACACGAUUGCGUAUAUCUUCCGUCUUCCCGACCCGAUGGCUCGUGGCAAACGUCGGAGCUAUGCGCUGGUGGCGCUUGCUGGCAAGGAUGCGGGACGGGCGUUCCGCGCGUCUCCCGUGAUCUGGCGGGCGUUUGGUCGCAUCGCCAAUGGCAUCGUCAAGGCAGCGGAACGAUACCAAGAGGAAGAAAAGCGCCGCGAGGAGCACAGCCAAGGUGCGAACAAGAUCGGUGGACGCAACUAUACUCCUGUCUCGUCUUUCCUGACGGGCAGAACGAUGGAUCCUGAUGGCAUGCCCCGACGUGCUGGCCAGAUCCGUGCCCGAAAUUUGGCGGAAAUCGUUGGCAACGAAAUGAUUUUUGCAGAAUUACACGCCAGUUUCGUGGCUUUGCUUCAGCAGCUAGGUUCAAUGUUUGGCGGAGUGCCCGUCUCUGAAGAGCAAUUCGUCUGCAGCGUGGUCGGAGAUGGACAAAGCACCGCUGCUUCCCGGAAACCAUCAGUCGUGUCGGUGAAGGAGAAGCAAAAACCGCAAGCACCUCCAGCAAACACUGCGAAUGACCUUCCCAUAUCGAAAUUAGAAUUAUCAUCCGGCCCGAAGCCGAUACCAAUAGCCCAGCGUCGACCGGUCGUGGCGUGAUCGUCUUCUACGCUGAGCUAUCCUUUUUUUUUUUACGUCUUGACGACUCCCACACUAGAUCUCGUCCUCCGUGUGCACACACACACUCUCACCGACCUUACUAUUGCCCUUUGAAGCGCGCAAAGCGUCAUCCAUACCCCCCUUUUUCGAAUCAUCUUCCUCGACUUAACGGCCGAACUUCCUCAUGAGCAGGUAUAGAACUGGCAUGGCGUAUUGCAUAUCUGGGUACGGAGUCCGGCAUACCAUCACAGCGAUUGCUUCCAUGGGUGGCUGAGCGAUCUAUUUGUCUUUUUUUGUCUCUGCAUGGUGUCUAGUCCCUGCUGCGAGCGGGCCAUGAUGGGUGGCGUUUUAACAUUUCUUGACUCGAUCUGAUUGAUCAUAAUGAAUCACGGCAGAUUAAUAUCUAUAGUAGGUGUAAAUAGCUUAUGAGCUUAUUGAAUCCUGUUGCCAAGUCCUACCAUCUUUUCUAUCUUGCCUAGGCGUAUGCUU